GCUCCCAGGUACUCUCUGCCCAGGGCUGAUAAGGCUCCUUAGCACCGUUUCUCUCCAAACAAAUUCCAGUUGAAGACACCUGACAGCUCCACAGCAGGGCAGCAUCCCCAGAGCGCAGCAGGGCGGGGGUUAGGGGGAGCAGUCGGUAGCAGCACCUGCCCCUCAUCCGGCAGGAGCUAUAAGUGCCAGCCACGUGCUGCCUCCACCUGGACGGCCUCUCUGCACAGAGCAGCAGCAUUCAGCCUGGGACAGACGUGCUGCGGGGAGGUGAUGGCUGCCUGGUGCCCUCGUCUCCUGCUCCUCACCGGCCUGCUGGCCCUGUCAGCCCCAGUUCUCACCCUGGAAAUACACAACCUGAACAUCUUACAGGGACCCACCCAUGCAAUCAGGAACAUCCACCCAAAGGACCUGAAGGCAGAUCAGGGGAAAGGGAGCCUGCGGCACAGCCGAGCCAGUGACCUGGAGUUACCAGAGGCCCACGUCUGGCCCAAGGACUGCAGCGAGAUAACCUGGAACAGGGUCAGCGGUGUCUUCGUGAUCCAGCCCACAGGACUCCACCAGAUUGUCGUUUACUGUGACUUGAACAGCACCAGCGAGGGCUGGACAGUCCUCCAGCGGAACCGGCACGACACGCAGAUCACUUGGGCCGAGUCCUGGAGCACCUACAAGUAUGGCUUUGGCAAUGUGCAGAAUGACUACUGGCUGGGGAUGGAGUACAUGUAUUAUAUCACCAAGCAGAGGGUCUACCAGGUCAGGUUUGUCAUCCACGAUUCAUCCGGCACCAUGAAAUAUGCAGACUAUAACCUCUUCGGUCUGGAAGACGAGUCCAACGGCUACAGGCUGAGGCUGGGCUCUUACACGGGGACUGCAGGGGACGCUAUGACUUCAAACAAUCCUAGCACCGUUCAUGACAACAUGAAGUUCUCUACUAAAGACCUAGAUCAGGACACUUCCAGUGGGAACUGUGCGUCUAGCAAUGGUGGGGGCUGGUGGUACUCGGCUUGUCAUUCUGUUCGACUGAACAUCAAAGGGGGCAUCACCUGGGGUAGUUUCUGUAGUGGGAACUGCCAAGCCUCUGCCAUCCUCAUCAAACCAGCGUCUUACUGUUAGUCACCCUUCCCCACCCUCCCGUCUGCAGUGAGGCCAACCCCUGGUCCACGAAGGGAGGGAAAAGGGUUUGGAUGUGUCAUGGGCAAACCUCACACCCAACUCAGAGUGGAAAGUAUCAUGUUUAU